AUCGUUCCUGAAAACCGCAUGCUGUUCUUUCUGAGCUGCUGGUUUGAGUGGGUGGUUGUUUUCUUUCUUCACUGUAGUUGCAUAAUAUAUACAAGACAAAUCUUAGAUAAUGUUCAUGUUGUCAUAACUUAUUCUUCCACUAGGGAAAAGUUUUAAAAUGUGAAACCUCUUCACUUUUCCUUACGUACUCCUAUCUUCAAAGUACAUUAGGUAUCCUCAAAGUAAUAUGUAUUGCCCUGCCUCCAACACUUAUAUUUAUUUUCCCGGAGGGUUAUGUCCCUGAAGGUUCGUGUUAAAGAUAUUUCUGUCCUGGUGCCAAAAGUUUGUUUAGUAAAAGUAAAAAACAGUCAAACUUAAUCACAUGAUUUUUUUUUUCCCUGCAGCUGGAGCUUUAAAUUGUAACUUUAUAUAGGCAUACUCGUAGAGGAAAGAUGUUUUGAAGUGCAUGCAGAAUACCAAAAAGCAUUUGAAGGAAAAAAAAGUAGGAGAGAUGUUAAAGGAGUCCUUUAACAGAGGUCCUUUUGUUUAUCUGUUGUGGUGUUAGGAAGAAUACAGUGUUUUUGCAACAAGUAUGUUUGUGCUAAAUGUCUUAAAAUUAAACUAUACAGAUUCAUUGUAGGUGACUGUCAGACUAAUUUCAGUUCAGGUAACAAAAGCAAAAAGCUAUUUCUGGUAGGCUGAAUAACUAAGCUAUUAUUAAAUGUCAUCCAGAAAUCCAAACUAGCAGAAUUGGUACCACAGUGCUCAUACAGUCUUCUUUUAUGCCAAUUUUUUUCUCCAGAAUGGAAUGCUAAAGGGAAGCCCUAGUGUUAGGGAUAAUAAAACUAAAAUCUCAAUUGUACGCAUAUAUGGGAUGGAAUUUAAUUUUUUUUUACCUUAGUUUGAUUUAGGAACAAUUGCUGUCAUUACAUGGUUUCCUGAAUGAAAUACCUUCAGGGACGAAGUUAGGGAGUAGGAUACCUUCUAUUCCUUCCUGUUUAUUUUUCUGUGAAAGUCAGGAUGCUCUUCCAACAUAAGUAAUAUAUGAUCAACUUAGUGUUUGUAGAUCUUGGUUCCUGUUAAACCCAAGAAUAUUACUUCUGUUCAUAGAUCAGUUGGGCAAAGAUUAAUACUGGCCCUUCCUAGCGUGACAUUUGAAGGUGUGGUAUGGCUUGUGCAAGCAAGUAGGCAGGAAGUAGAACUGUGGUGUGUUUUUUUUAUAAUCUUAAAGGUCUUUUCCAUUAACUCUGAUUCUAUUUGAUUUCUUUGGUUUAUCUUUAAUAUUGCUUUAGAUGAGAUGCUUUUGCUCAGACAUUUUGAAAGGGCGUUCUUAAGUGUCUGAAAGAUUUAUGAAUAGAGGAAUUUUAGGAGCUUGGUUGCUGGAUCCAAGCUUCUGUUUAAGGAAUAGUCUUUACUGAUUUGAAUCGUACUUUGUUCUCUGAUUGAAGGAGACUAUACCCUUUAGAUCCAUUUUCCAUCUUGUAGAUGGAUCAAGUGCACUUUCACUCAGUGCUUUAUCAAAGGCACAGUUGGGAGGCAGCUGACUUAGUUCAGUUUGCUUCUGGUACUUCCCCUGCCCAGAAGGGUUUUUAAAAAAAUCCUCAUGGCAAGAGAUUAGCAUAUGUGAUGGUUCCAGGAAUUAGCAUGAUUAUUGUGUGCCUGUCUUAGGAGCCACUGCCUGUGGAUAUGCAGAGCAUGACUGCUGCCUCCCAGGUGCAGGGAAUGCUGAGUGCAAGUGGCUGCUGUGAUACAGAGCUGGAGGGCAGCUGACUGGAGAGCGCUUGGUUUCCAUACAGGAAGGUUUGAAAUACUUCUGGGCUGCAGUAAAGUGCAAUUUUGUGAUAGUUGAUCUGAAAAUGUUAUUGUUUAUACUGAGAUGUGCUGGACCACUGUGGAAUACUGAUUUCGUGGACUUUUCUUUGUCAUCCUUUAGCUGUGUAAUGAUGCACAGAUUAGAGCAUAAACAACAUUGGGGGCUACUGAUUUUGAUCUACUUACUCUAAUCUAAUUGAAAAGAAAAAUAAUUAAUGAAUACGACAGAACCAGUAAUUGGGUCUAUGUUCUUAAAAUCUCAAAGGGCUCCUCUUGCUGCACUUUUAUAAUAUUUAGCAUAUAUUAUUAUCUAGUAAAGGCUCUGAGUUACCCUUGACUAAUCCUUACAGUGCUGCUGUCAUGGACACAUAAAACUGUUGGACAGGUUAUUUAUUUUAAGAGAAACUGUAGUUCCUCAAACCUUUUACUUUGAUUGAUCUAUGGGAAUAACAAUUCUUGGUUUUAAUUUCCUUUCAUUUCGCUUUUUAGUGGUACUGUUGCUUGAAGCUUUAGCCUUUUGCUGAGAGGCCUGGAGGCAGAAUUCUGUGUGUAACAAAUGGCGGCGCAGUGUGUGACAAAGGUGGAGCUGACUAUUUCCUGCACCAAUCUCUUGGAUAAAGAUGUUGGUUCCAAGUCAGACCCUCUGUGUGUGCUUCUCCAGAACACAAGUGGUCAGCAGUGGUAUGAGGUUGAUCGCACAGAAAGAGUUAAGAAUUCCUUGAACCCAAAGUUUUCCAAGAAAUUCUUAAUUGAUUAUUAUUUUGAGCUUGUUCAGAAACUUAAGUUUGGAAUAUAUGACAUUGAUAACAAAACUUAUGAUCUGAGUGAUGAUGACUUCUUAGGAGAAUUAGAAUGUACGCUGGGACAGGUAGUUUCUAGCAGGACUCUGACAAAACCAUUAGUACUUAAAAAUGGCAAACCUGCUGGAAGAGGAAGCAUUACGAUUACAGCUGAAGAAGUAAAGGAUAACAGGGUGGUUGUAUUGGAAUUAGAAGCAAGGAAACUGGACAAUAAGGAUUUUUUUGGAAAGUCAGAUCCUUAUCUGGAAUUCCACAAGCAGACUGGAGAUGGAAACUGGGUGAUGGUUCACAGAACAGAGGUUAUUAAAAACAACCUGAAUCCUGUUUGGAGGCCCUUUAAAAUCUCUCUCAAUUCUCUGUGUUACAGUGACAUGGAUAAGUCAAUCAAGGUUGAGUGCUAUGACUAUGAUGGUGAUGGGUCUCAUGAUCUCAUAGGAAGUUUUCAAACAACGAUGUCAAAACUGAAGGAAGCAUCUCGGUCAUCACCUGUUGAAUUUGAGUGCAUCAAUGAAAAGAAAAGACAGAAGAAAAAGAACUAUAAAAACUCUGGCAUUGUGAGCGUUAAACAUUGUGAGAUUAUUGUAGAGUGCACAUUCCUUGAUUACAUCAUGGGUGGGUGUCAGCUGAAUUUCACCGUGGGGAUAGAUUUUACAGGCUCCAAUGGAGACCCUCGCUCUCCGGACUCUCUGCAUUACCUCAGCCCUAAUGGAGUUAACGAAUACCUAACAGCCAUUUGGUCUGUCGGGAUGGUCGUUCAGGAUUAUGAUACAGAUAAGAUGUUUCCAGCCUUUGGAUUUGGUGCACAAAUUCCUCCCUCCUUUCAGGUAUCUCAUGAGUUCCCAAUAAAUUUUAAUCCUUCAAACCCAUUCUGUAAUGGGAUCCAAGGCAUUGUUGAUGCAUAUCGAGCCUGUCUUCCUCAAGUGAAGUUAUAUGGACCAACAAAUUUUUCUCCAAUUAUAAAUCAUGUGGCAAGAUUUGCUGCUGCAGCUACUCAGCAGCAAACAGCAUCUCAAUACUUUAUACUUCUGAUCAUAACGGAUGGUGUGAUAACAGACCUUGACCAAACUCGAACUGCCAUAGUUAAUGCCUCCAAGUUGCCCAUGUCCAUUAUCAUUGUUGGUGUGGGAGGAGCAGACUUUGAUGCCAUGGAGUUUCUCGAUGGUGACGAUGGAGUUCUUAGGUCCUCGUCAGGAGAACCAGCUGUCAGAGACAUUGUCCAAUUUGUGCCAUUCAGGAAGUUCCAAAAUUCUCCCAAAGAAGCUCUGGCUCAGUGUGUCCUGGCAGAAGUCCCUCAGCAAGUGGUGAACUACUUCAGCACCUACAAACUUCAACCUCCUAAGAAUCCUGCUGCAAAAUGAAUGGGCUGAGCAGAGGAAAGACUUUGUGCUUGCUUUACUUGCUGUGUCUACAGACUUUGGUUCUCAAUAUACUUCUGUAUAUGUGUACUCAUGCCUCUGUAUCAUAAUGCCAGAUGUUAGCUUUUGCCUACAAAUCAC